AUGGGAAGUUCUGGAACAACCGAGUAUGGUGCAUACACAUACCAAAACCUUGAGAGGGAGCCUUAUUGGCCAUCAGAGAAGCUAAGAAUUUCCAUCACCGGAGCUGGUGGUUUCAUCGCCUCACACAUUGCUCGCCGCCUUAAGACUGAAGGUCAUUACAUUAUUGCUUCUGAUUGGAAGAAGAAUGAACACAUGACUGAAGACAUGUUCUGCCAUGAGUUUCAUCUUGUUGAUCUUAGGGUUAUGGAUAAUUGCCUCAAAGUUACUGAGGGUGUUGAUCAUGUUUUCAACCUUGCUGCUGAUAUGGGUGGGAUGGGUUUUAUUCAAUCCAAUCACUCUGUUAUUAUGUAUAACAAUACAAUGAUUAGCUUCAAUAUGAUUGAGGCUGGUAGGAUUAAUGGUGUUAAGAGGUUUUUUUAUGCCUCUAGUGCUUGUAUCUAUCCUGAAUUUAAGCAGUUGGAGACGAACGUGAGCUUGAAGGAGGCUGAUGCAUGGCCGGCUGAGCCACAAGAUGCAUAUGGGUUGGAGAAGCUUGCAACAGAAGAGUUAUGCAAGCAUUAUAACAAAGAUUUUGGAAUUGAGUGUCGCAUUGGGCGGUUCCAUAACAUAUAUGGCCCUUUUGGAACAUGGAAAGGUGGAAGGGAGAAGGCUCCUGCUGCUUUUUGUCGGAAGACACUUACUUCCACUGAUAAAUUUGAGAUGUGGGGAGAUGGAUUGCAGACACGAUCCUUCACCUUUAUUGACGAGUGUGUUGAAGGCGUGCUUAGAUUGACUAAAUCAGACUUCCGGGAACCAGUGAAUAUUGGAAGUGACGAAAUGGUUAGCAUGAAUGAGAUGGCUGAGAUUGUUCUUAGCUUUGAGAACAAAAGCAUACCAAUCCAACACAUUCCUGGUCCAGAGGGUGUUCGUGGCCGCAACUCAGACAAUACUCUUAUCAAAGAGAAACUUGGCUGGGCUCCAACAAUGAAGUUGAAGGACGGACUGAGAAUUACAUACUUCUGGAUUAAGGAGCAGCUUGAGAAAGAGAAAGCUGGAGGUGUUGAUUUAACAUCCUAUGGAUCAUCCAAAGUGGUUCAAACUCAAGCUCCGGUUCAACUAGGCUCUCUUCGGGCAGCAGAUGGCAACGAAUGA